CACCCGACCCAAUUCCUCCGUCAACUAACCACUUCCUCUCCCUCUCUCUCGCCCCUCUCCCUCUCUGGAUCUCUCAUCCCCCAAUCCGAUCGGGUCUCCGGUGCCGGCGACCUCCGAUCCUCGAACCCUUGGUUCUUGGCUUCGGCUCUUCUCCCCUGUGGCGACCGGAUCUCUUCCUGUCGCCCGGAUCUUGGGGAGUUCCAUUCUCAUCUUCUACACCCUUUCUCUCCUUCUCCCGAACUCUCAUCCCCAUCACUAACCGAUUCUAGUUUCGGGCACCGGCGAUUUUCGAUCCACCUUGCCCCCGGACGCGUCCGACUCUUCAGUUCGGCUCAUCUCCUCAAAGCCCACUGGUAUUGAAGCUCAUUUACUGCAAUGGCGGCCUUAAAAGCUUUUUGGAACAGCCCUGUGGGCCCCAAGACAACUCAUUUCUGGGGACCUGUUGCCAAUUGGGGCUUCGUUGUAGCUGGUUUGGUUGAUAUGCAGAAGCCUCCAGAAAUGAUCUCUGGCAACAUGACUGCAGCCAUGUGUGUGUAUUCAGGGCUCUUCAUGAGGUUUGCAUGGAUGGUGCAGCCACGAAAUUACCUGCUUCUAGCUUGCCAUGUCUCUAACGAAUCUGUUCAGCUUUAUCAGCUUUCUCGUUGGGCAAAAGCCCAAGGAUACCUGGUUAAGAAAGAGACGGAGGUGCAAAACUAACCUCUAGGAGGUUCUUCAAAGUAUUUUCUGCAACUCAGUGAGAGGAUGAUGUGCAACUCAAGCUUCAUGUUGGUCAGCAAGCACCAGAAUCUUUUAUGUGAACCAUUAUUGCACGAGAAAUUCCCCCUUAAAGUGCUAUUUUAUUCAGACAUCAUAAACAUGUAAUGAUGUGUUUUCUUUCUUCUUGAACCUUAAUGAAUUACUUGUACUUCCCAUUUUGAGUAUGAUAAGUUCCUUACCAGGGCAUGUACCAAGUUGCUUGUUCA